AGGCAGUUCAUGUAGCUAAACAAUAUUUAAAGAUUGGGUAUCAUGCGAUGUCAUGCAUUCUGACUUCUUUACAUUGUUAAACGUGCUGGCUUCUCAUGCUUAACAUGGUCAACUUGUUAAAAAACGAGUUGGACAUAUGACGUAGUAUUUAUUUCUGUACUUGAUACACUCCCCCUGCACUCCAACUUGUUUCGGAAAGUUUUUUUAUAACCUGGAUCCCUGUGUCGACAAUGGGAUCCUAUUACUUUUAUACGCCCUUUUCACAUCACAUUCAGACGUCACGCAUCUUCCGUUCUGCCGCGAAGCAGUGUAUCGUUACCUCCGCUAGCACUCCAGUUCAUAAGGUGGCGGUAAUGCACCUAUAAGCUGGUUUGCCAACUGCCAGUAAAACUCAAGAAGUUACUUCCGCUAGCGCCUCAGAAUGGAGUUUACCAAGUCCCUUGUACAUCUGCCACAAAUACGGCUAGAUGAUGUACAACGUUGUGACAAGCAGAGCGGGACGAGAGAGAUGCGGCGCAGUUCCCUCACGGCCCUCGUCCCGCUCUGCUUGUCACAAACGUCUUGCAGACAAAUUUUCGCUAACGACAAGAUCAAAGACAAACAAACAAAUUCUUCGUUGAACAGUACCUGUUUGAUUAUGAAGCGCGACGGCAAAACGGAACUUCUUGUUGUUGUUGUUUGUUGCAAGACGGAUGUUAUGAUACACUGCUUUGUGAAAAGGUGGAAGUUAAGUGACGUCAUUGUGAAAAGGGCCUAUUGGCCAGCACGACAAGGCGAAAGAAAGCGCCCCCUCACGAGCCAACCUAUGAGCAAGACCCACUUACCAUCAAGAGGCUCUCCAGCCAAGGUCUACGCUGUUACUCUUGCGAUAGUGAUGUUUAGAUUGCAAAUAUCCAGGUUUUUUUUAAUACAGCCUCACGUUUUCAAGAUGAAGAAGAAAUUCGGAACAUCAAAUUCAAUUUUCUAAAAUUCAAACCGCAGAAAUUCAGAUCAUACAGAAAGUAGGUCAGAGGUCGUCCACAGGGAAGAGUAGAUGAUCUCAGAAAAGUCGAAAGAAGCAUUUUGGCCAAUUACAGAGCUGCAGUAGUUUUCUGGCGGGAGCGUGCGGCUCAGGAGGUCACCAUUCUUCUGCCUGAUCAUGAGUCGCCCAGAAUCUAGGUAGCGUCAUAACUCCAGGGACGGAUUAACGCAUGGGUCUACUGUUUGGUCUACACUAAUUCUGUUAGAGCUUGAUUCAUUCCAUGAUCGGAAUCCACAUCAGAUCCAAGUUGUAUGACAAUGAAGUUGUCAGAUCAGCCAGGCACUUGUUGUCUUUGCUGACUUCAGGCAGUGCAGCUGGUCCCAGUCAGGAUAAUGCCAGCAUCCAUAGGCCUGUUCAGCAGAGGGCCACCAUCCAAACUGAGAUGACCAGAUCAUUUCCUGGCUUUUUCAGCAAAGGACGGGGUAAAAGGCGAAUGCUGUCAGUGCCCUCUAGCAAACCCGCAAAAAUAUUGCCUGUUAGCUUUUAUCUGCUUCCUCACCAAUAUGAGCGAACACCUAAGGAGAGUGAGCAACUGGUACAUAUGCAAGCUGGGUUGGGGCGAAAGACAAUGCAAAUGGAUGAAAAUGCAACUAAUGAUGAAGUAUGUGCCCAACUGAAGGAGCUGUUCCCUAAAUUUCAGGAAGUAAAGGGGGGUUGGCUUGUCUAUAAAGCUUCAGGAGGAUGGGGCUCCCGGAAGCUCACCCUUAUUCCACCCCAUGAGACUGGGUACAGUGCCAAGCAAUUGAAGGCAGUAACACAAGGUUUUAAAGGCGUGCUUUACAUAGCUCCUCUUCAAAUGGAACUUGACACCACUGCUCUGCCACCUGAAUCUGAAAGCUUUAAUGACAUGCGAAAAGAGAAAUGCCAGAAAUGUGGAAUCACAUUUCCAUUAGUCAUCCUGACUACACACAUAAAGUGCUGUGUGACCACUGAUGAAGCUGAACAGAGCAAUGAUGAAGCUGAACAGACCAAACAAGCAACUUUCCCCAUCUGUCAAAAAGAAAUGUCUCUUGAUGUGAUAGAGAUUCACGCAAGUUUUUGCACAGAUGACAGCACGCAACCUCUGGAAUUCAAUGCGUCUAUGGAAGAACCAUCUACAUCUGGAUUUUCCAUGCCUGUGACACAAUACCGGUGGUCAUUCAAAUGCAGCUGAAGCCACACUCAUGAGUUAUGAUUGGCAAACUGAACCAGAUAAAAAUAAAGCAGCAUCCUUAUACACAAAAGAAAUAAUUUGCCAACAUGAGAUGAGAAAGCCCCUCUUCAUUACCAUGGAUUUGAGGAUGGACAAGGAAGAUCAAGACCGAGAACUUGUUGCAUUCUACAAACAAAACAGCAUAGAAUGGGCAAGCCCUGUGAAGUGCAGACUCCAAGGGGAUGCUGCUAUUGGUGAAGGAGUAACCAGACAUUUCUUGUCUACUGUUAUACAGAGGCUUCAGCAUGGAUUCAAUUUUAACAUGGGUAUGUCAGCUAUUUUUUAUGGAAUAUUGACUAUAGUAUUUUGUUUUGUCUUUGAAUCCAAAAUAUAACUUUUGGCCCAUUAUUUUAAAGAGUACAUUCCUCAAUAUUUUUAAGGGCUUAUUUUGGUUUAUGGAGUGUCCGACAACAAGUUUAUGUACAUACAUGAUGUAAAAAUACUAUUAUUUCGUAAUAAUAAGCAGUUUUUAUUACCUUACUUCUUGACUGACUCUCAAAUGAUUCGUUCCGCGAUUCAUCUGUGUAAUCUCCGCCUUUCCGCCAGCGUAGUCUGAUCUGAUUGGUCAGAUAGUGUAGUCUGCUGUGAUUGGUCAGAUGGUCUAGUCUGCUGUGAUUGGUCAAAUGGUC